AUUUUUGCCCCGAUGAUGCGGUGGAAGAAGCUCGUAGUUCGUGACCUGCCGCACGACGCCAGUUGCGAGGAAGCGCUGAGUGCAUGUGGGUUCCCCAUCACGUACACGGACUCUGUCUUGCGCACACCGAUAUUUCCGUCGACGUUCUUCCGAUGGGAAGGCGGAAAACCGGCCAAGAAUGGUCGCGCUAGUGUGCCGUCGCGCCUGACGUUGCAAUUCCGGAAAGACCCUGAUCAGCUCGAGGACACGCUCCGUGUGUUGCAUGGCAAGGAAGUGACGUUGGCGAAUGGAUCGUCCAUCGUGCUCUCUGUGCACGUCGCGCCGAACCAGCGGCUCCCGCGGGAGAAACCUCGGCGCCGUGACAACAAGUCCAACACGAUCGCCAAGGACCCAGACUAUCUGGCGUUUCUGGACGACUUGAACGACCCCGACAAGAAGCAGCAGCAAUCCGUCGUCACCGCGAAUGAUGUGAACGAAGGCGGCGACGACAAGGUCAAGGACAAACCCGUGUCGGCCCUCGUCAAGUUCCUCAACGACCGCCGCGUCGAGCGCCGCGAUAAAGGCGGCAAGUAUGGCCAACGCGGCACGUCCACCGGUUUCCCCGCCGAAACCACCAGCAGCAGCACCCGCGGCGGCAAGAAGAAGCACGCCGACGGAAAGAAAUCUGCCAAGGACAAGCGCAAAGAGGACAGUCGACCCCCGAAAGAAUCUCGAGGCGGCGGCGGCGGUGCCAAGAAAGGAAAAGACAAAAAGCAGCCACGCAACAACACGUCGAACGGCCUUUUCACUGCUCCGGACGGCGGCGGUGCGACGGCGAACCUCCCGCCUUCGACGAUGGACACGAUGCAACCUGGCAUGCUGCGGAUCAUGCCAAAAGGAGGAACACUUCCAACGGAUCAGCAGCUGCCGCUAGAAGGAGGAGGACGUGGUCGUCCCCGGGGAGGCGGCAACCGGAGUCGGGGCGGCAAGAAAGCCGCCGGGCGGUCGGACGGAGGUGACCCGCCGGGCGGAGGACGAGGCCAACGCCAUCCAACCAACCCGCCAUCUUCGUCGUCCACGUCGGUAAGAACGCCCGCCAAAUACAAGUGGAUUUGGGAUAUAUUAUGCCAAAUAUUGAACUUUUGUGCGGAUUAGUUGCCAAAUCCAUCGAUCGAUUGUUUGUUACUAUUGAAUAUUGUAUGGAACAAAAUGUGCAGCAGUGAUGCCAAUUACACUAAUUGAAGGCAUACACUAUUUUGUUGUGGAUUGAUCGAUUGUUUGUACUGAAUUUUGUACAGAACAACAUGUCCAGCAGUGAUGCCCAUUACACACUAAUUGAAGGCAUACACUAUUUUGUUGUGGGUUGGUGCAACUGAUGAUAUCCUGCAUUCCGAUUCUUGUGCACAUUGAUUUGUGUCAAUACUAUUGAGACCAUUUACCAAAUAUUUGGACUACUUUUAUGCUGAAUUAUCGCCAAAUCUAUCAAUAUAUCGAUUCGUUCGUUGUACUGAAAUUUGUAUGCAAAAAGGUGUAUUAGCACUAAUUCGUUGUUGAUUGGUGGAACUGAUGAUUUCGUGCAAUCUGAUUGGCUAUCUGGAAAUGCUGUUUCUGCCACAUUGGGUUGGGUCAAUGAUAUGCUCCAGGUUUGAAGAAACACAAAACAUUAUAUAUAUAUAUAUUGACUGUAGGGUAAAAAGCAAAAGGUAUUUGUGCCGAAAGGCGCCGUGCAGCCGCCUCUCCCAACGGUAUCGCAGAAUAACGUUCCUUGUACGUUGUGAUACAGUAUAUAUAUAUAUCCUCUUGUAGGGCUAAAUUGGAUAUUGAUCUCGUGGAAACACCAGAAUGACAUGAAUGCGGGCGGACGGAACGUGUACAUACUUGUGCUCAAUCUGACCAAAUGGGAGGAUAGAUGCCCACAAGAGGGACGAUAUACAGUGAGGAUGUUAGGAUGUCUCUUGAUGGCCAAAAUGGCAGUCGUUGGUUACGUCCAUAGUAUACUAUAAGCGAUUAACAAGGGCAUAUAUUCUCACAGGAAUAUAC